CUUGGCUCAGGUGUAUGUUAGCUUUGGUCCAGCGCAGUUAAACCGGAGUGGACGUUUCAAUUCUGGUCGGAGAUUUUCAUUUGAUUUUAUGCUGCUAAUAGCUGUGGAUCAGUUUUGGAAAGUGCAGUUUUUGAGCAUUGGAAAUAAAAUAACUUCAACUAGAGUGUGACUGCGAACACGUUAAACAUACAGCAAUUGUUGACAAAGAUAAUACGCCAAAUAAUUUAAAACCCGUAGCGUUUUUUCAUCCGAUAAAAAAAGUGUGAUCAGUGAUGAGUCAUUAUUUGUAUUCCAGAAUUCUCUAAAAAUUUGAAAAGUGCAAAUUAAAUGUGCUAUGCGAAUUUCGUAGUGCAGUUAAAUCUAAUGACGAAGUACGUAGAAAACCAGUUUUAGAACGUGUUGUAUCUUUGAAGGAAACAAUCAAGUUUUGAACGGUAGAUCGUGCCCAUUCGCCAGUCUUUCCAGGCUGAAGACAACCGAACCGUGGUGUCGUCAUCGUUCGUGGAUGUGUGUAUAUUUUGCAUUGAAAAAGUCGCAAAAUGUUAUCACGGAAUUUCUUUUGCGCCAUCUUGGCUCUGAUGAUCGUCGUGCCGGGGGUGUUGAUGGAUGCAGCCACCUCCUCGGAUUCCGAAUCCGAAGAAUCGUGCCUCGAUAACAAAGCCUGCCCGGAGGAUGAGUACUGCGACAAGCACAGCUUUUCGUGCUCUCGGUGCAGUGAGAUUUGUUCCCGGCUUGAAACCCGCGUGGACUGCAAUAAGAAGUGCAAAGAUUACCUAAUCCUGCAAAGGAUCGCCACACUGGAGAAUAACCUGUACACCACCAUCGUCAUAUUUGCCAUCAUUCUUCUGAUGUUAGCUAUCCUGGUGGCGGUGAUCAUCGUGAGAUGGUGCAGAAAACAUGGAAACCUGCCGUGCGCCAUCGUAAAACGUUUAAUCGGAACCGACGAAAAGAACAAUCCUCCGGUGAUGGAAUAUACUCACGAAAACCCGCACACUAAGAGCCCGAAGUUGAGUACGCGCAAUUCAACCAACAAUAACAGCCCGCUUCCAAUUCCUCCGGCAGUGGCCACCAUAGGACCCCCAAGCAUCUAUUCGGAAGGGGCAGGAUCCGUGCAGACAGUCACAACGCCAAUCAGUCGCGGUUAUCCGGCAGAAUAUUGGCGGGAUAAUCAUGCCUACGAUAAUGGGGGACUAGCCAUCACACCAACGACGGAGAACACCUACGAAUACGUUGAGGCGAAACUCAAUCAGCGGCGAUAUCAGUGAACAAUCAAUACUUCAAUCAG